AUGACACCGACUAACGCUUUAGAGAUACCUUUAGUUCCAGAACCUUGCUCUUUUCCAGAGCUUUCUUUGACUGAUGGGAUAGCUAGUCAACUAGAGCGUUUUGAGGCCAUCUGUGCGGCUUAUUUCGGUACUGAGCCAUCUUCGUCUACUGAAGCUACACAACUGCAGACUAUGGAUACUCCUGGUUCUGGUACAGAGCUAUCUUUGUCUACUGAAGCUACGCAACCGGAGACUAUAUAUACUUCUAGUUCUGGCACAGAGUCACCUUCAUCUCCUGAAGCUAAAAAACUGGAGAUCACGGAUGCUCGUACUUCUGGUACAGAGUCAUCUUCGUCUAUUGAAGCUACACAACUGGAAACCACAGAUAUUCCCAUUUCUGGUGCAGAGUCAGCUUCGUCUACUGAAGAUACACAGCUGGAGACUAUAGAUACUCCUAGCUCUGGCACAGAGCUAGCUUUGUCUACCGAAAUGUUAAAAGCACCAGAGCCUCUCCAGACCACAAAUGCUGCUAGUGCUAGUGGCUCUUCUGGAAUCAGGGCUACUGCCGCGGCCCUGAGACAUCCGCUACAAUUUCUUCUCGAUCAUAUUCCCUCGAUACAGACGAACGAUCCGGAAACGGUAUAUAAAGAAAUAGUCACUCAAUUGAACAGAUCUUGCCUAGAAUGUGAGGCAUCCUUAAGACUUCAAGGGCGGCUUUGGAGAACGGGGAAAAUGUAG